AAGCUCCAAAAGGUCCAGACACACCGGACGCGAUUCGACAACGCGACGCGAUUUUUUAGUUUUUGAAAGUUAAUAAAACAGCUAAUGAGAGCAAAUUUUGAAAGAUAUGUAGACCAAAUAACUCAAAAUGUUAUAGCGCUUCUAAAUAUUUGAAAAAUUUAAACUAUAGGAUCAGAGUCAUCGGUCACUGAAAAUCGAAAAAUCGCGUCGCGUUGUCGAAUCGCGUCCAGUGUGUAUGGACCUUAAGGCGCUUUUUUACAAUAUUUCCAAAAGUUUCCCGAGAAAGACAACGAAAAGCCUGUCAUACGUACGUAUUGAAUGCUGAUUAGAAAAUUUCAUUGCUAAGAAUUCGAACGGGUGAAAACAUAUUCAUUUCACAGAUCUAAAACUGGUAUACUUUAAUUUAGGGCAUUAUAACAAUUAGUUGCGGUAGUAAUCAUGUGUUUACAAAAUGCUCCGCGGUCCGCCGUCCGUCCGCCUUUAAUCUACACCCCACUAUUCACCCCCCACUUCGGUGAAUAAUUUUUAAAUAAACACUUUAACAUUUUUUGAUAUGUGUCUUAUAGGCGGCCCGUGAUCUGCGAAACCAGAUAAUCAAAGACAAGCUGAACAUUACCUUGAUUACUAUUGAAGGAUUCAGUCAGUUCACAGAGGGGCAUCCUAGAAUACAACUAGAAAAUUUGCAAGUAUGUGCCAACCCUCGAAGUUAAGGUCGGCAAUCGACACCUGAUUGUUGACCUAUAUCGACGUAUCAGCUCGGCAAAACAAUUAGCCUUUUCCCAAAAGAGAUCACAGUGCAUUCUGGGAUCGUUUGGAGGGAAGAUAUAUGAAGAUAGGCGUCAAAUAUCAACUUUUUACACGACCACAAAUGAAAUAUCUCCUUUUUACAUUAAACUUUUAAUUUAUAAAUGUGCGUGUGCUUUCAUAUUUUUUGUCCCUCCAACAAGGGAUUCGCGCGUCUAGACCCAGGACGUUGGGAAAUGGCUAAUUGUCCAUCUUCAUUACCAAUUAUAUAUACUUUUGCCUUCUCAUAUUUAAACUUUGCGCGAGUUUUUAAGUAUUAAAAUAUUGUUUUAGUUUGUUAGUUUGUUAGUCUGUUAGUUUGUUCGGAAUUAUAAGCCUUUGCACCCCAUGGCCCUAUACUGUACACGUCUAUAACAACAAUCUAUACAUUGUUAUACCUCUGGGAAUUUAAAAUAGUAAAACGAACAGUAACACAAAAAUGUCAAAUAAUAUACAAAUUCGUCCUACCGAAUAUUCGUCGUAAUAACUUAUACGUUAACGUAAAGUGUAAUCGAAGCGUUAAAUUAUUUGGACGAAGGGAAGUUGUAAAUACUUCCACCGUUCAAUUAAAUUCCCAAAGGUAUAAAUAACGCACAAGAGUGAUUUCCAAAGGGGGACACACUGUAUAUACUGUAAUUUCCGCCAUUUAGCCCCCUGCACGGGACUUGUUUUUUCCCCCACAACAUCAGGAUGACUGUAACUGCAUUCCGAGAAUAGUUAUAAGUGGUGGAAUUUUUCAGUAAUCCAAAAACGUUUCGUUGUACGACGUUGUUAGAUUUUUUCCCAAUUUUCUUUCCAGAAACUCGAUGCUCGUAUUAUAAUUGGUGAAUUUUCAGCAUCAGGUGCUGUCGCCGUAUUCUGUGAGGUUAGGUUUGUUUUGUUUUGUUUUAAUUACUUUAUCACUGGAUUAUAAUAGAUGGCAGAUGGGCAGACAAAGCAUAGCCGCACUUUGCAAACACAAAUGUUGAAAUACAUGUAUAUAUCAUUCACAUUCUACCAUUCGAUCACAUGGACUAUUUACAAAUAAUUAACAACCUGGAUCCUACUAAAUUAUAAAAACAGAAAAUUAAAAAUGUAAGCAUAGUAAAAUUCAGUCAUUUAAAUGUAUUGUAUAGCUUCACAGACGACGGAAUAAAUGAGUCUCUAAAACGAUUAGUUCUUAUAAGACAACUAAGUCACAGUAUGAUUGAGCCUUAAAACGAAGGGGGUAUAUAAUUAGACAAUUUACAAAAAAGAUUGGCUCUCAUUUUCCGCAGAUUUCUAUGAUUGCAAGAAAUCUUGCGCAGAAAAAUAAUUUCCUCCAAAGCCAACACUUUACAGUCUCCCCCCCCCCCCCCGCCCUAGGUGUCGUCCGAUCCCUGUUACGUGUUUUACCGUACUUGAUUUCGCAAUAUACGUUCUAUUUAGGCUUACAAAAUGGGCAUGGUUGGUCAAAAAUAUGUCUGGUUAUUGCCAGCAACUACGACUGGCGCGUGGAUAUUUUCACCGAGUACGUUUCGCAGAUUUUACCCAGGAACUGAUUGCAAUGUCAGCCACAUUAUUGAAGCAGCAGACGGAUUUAUCGUCUCCGAUAAAGUGCCUAUACGUCAAGAUAACAAUGAAACACUUUCUGGUUUGGUAAGCUAUAUAUACCUUUGAUAUUCUCAUUCAGACUGGGUCACCACACAGUGACGUAGCCAGAGUGGGGGGGGGGAGGAGGGGGAGGGUCCAAGACCUCCUGGAAAAAUAUUGGGGUCCCCUUGGGAAAAAUUAUGACACAAGCACGUGCAUUAGUAUUCAUUUAUAUAAUACGAAAAUUCCCCCUUCUUUUUCUCUUUUGUACAUAUAGUAUAUAUAUACGUCAAAACUUUCUGAUUUUACAUAUUGUAUUGAUUGACUGUAAAUAAUUGAUUAUGUAAUCUAUCACAAAUGAACAGUAACUAGAGGCCUAAAUAAAAAAGGCUAUGAAGAUUUCUAGUAGGUCUCUAGCCAAAAAUCUUUAAAGUAUUGUAACAUAUUUUAAGUAGCUUUUUUUAUAUACAUGGGAAAACAACUAAAUUAUAUUUUCAAACUGUUAGCUGUUUGAAGUUAGGGAAAUUUGUCCAUUGAACUGGAGCAUGGAUUAGCUAUUUAGUUGUCCAGGGCUUGACUUUUAUCGCGGCAAUUGCCGUAGAGGGAGAACAAAAUGUCGUGGACCAUUGGAGCAACGACGGCAAUUUUUUGCCGUAUAGUAUAAUUUUUAUACUAUUCACUGUGCAUUACCAUUUUGAUACUUGAAUUCAGAUGUUGAUCAAAUCAGGGGCGGCGGAACAGGGGGGGCUAGGGGGGCUAAAGCCCCCCCCAGAAGUAAAAGUGGGGGGCUUAGCCCCCCCAGAAAAUUUGAAUUUUUGGGAAAAAAUUGAUAAUUAGGGAAAAAUUUAGGUUAUUUUUUGAAAAUUUAGGUAUAAGGGGACAAAUUUGCAAUAUUUUGUUUAAAAAAAGUUUAUUUCCGAAAAAAAUUUUUGAUAUUCGUCCCUUUUUUUGUAUAUUGUACCCCUAAAGUGGUACACUGAUCGAAAUUUUUUUGGCGACGGGGGGGGGGAGGUCGCCGAAAAAAUUUAGCCCCCCGAACGAAAUCUGUUCCGCCGCCGCUGGAUCAAAUCAUGCGUAAACUACUAUUUUAGUCUCAGUUUUCUUCGGGAAAAAACACUAAAGAAAUACGCAAACAUGUUUCUAGCUUGUCAACAAUCCAAAGCAACAAUAAAAUUAAAUUUUUAUUGCAGUAAUUUGAAAAAAUGGCCGUGCUUGGAAACUGCCCAAAUUGCCGUAGACAGCUGUUACGUUCAACGGCAAUUUUUUAUGCCAUUGCCGUCGAUUGAUUUCAGGGAAAUUCGAGGCCCGGUUGUCGAACUUGUGGACCACAGUUAAUAGACUAUUAAAGUUUGCGGUCAGCGGUCUAAUUAGCCUUUCUCACGAAGGCCAAAGUCCAACAUUUUUGAGGCACUGUCUGCUGAGUAAACUGAAUGCAUAUAAUUUAUUCGUUGUAUAAUUUAUGCAUGAUACGACACUUAAUUCACUGGGGGAGAGUGUGGUCAAGUUUUACUAUAUUUUUGUGCGCAUGAACGCCGAAAGGAACUUAUUAUUUAAUAUAUUUUGUUUGAUUUUCUUUUCAAUAUUAUUUUAUUUUAAGACUGCAGAGAUAUUCAUGGAUCGCAUGCGUCGUAGGCACAACGCUCCAAGACCUUACACGAGCUACGCCUUCGAUAGCGUUUGGGCAGCGGCGUUACUGUUUCAGGAAAGUCUAUCGUACCCAAAAUAUCGUCCAGAGAAUGUGGAGUUUGGAAACAUUAUGGCCAGAAAUUAUUACUCAUGGUUUUUGUCCAAAACUAAGUUUGAAGGCUUGACGGUGAGCGCGGGUUUAAUAACAGAAUAGAAGAUUUUGGAAAGCACUCUUCAAUCUACUACAAUCACAAAGCAUAUUUAACAAAUAUAAAACAUUUUCCUUGCUGAUAUAUAUAGAGGAUAUUACACGGCGGCGCGAAGAUAUGACUUUUAUCUUCGAGUGGUGAAAACAAUAUUUUACGAACGAGCGCAGAGAGUGAGUAAAAUAUUGUUUUUAACACGAGAAGAUAAAAGUCAUAUCUUCAAGCCACCGUGUAAUGUUCUGUUUAUUAUAUAGUCCCAAGCAAAAAAUUGUGAAAUUUAAUUCACGCUCACGAUCAAAAGCAACUUGGAAAAAGUCACGUGAUCGCGAUAUCUUCACUAGUGAAGAUAUGGAAAAUAUCUCACCGUGUAUUUUUCAGUAUCUCACUCUCAUAACCUACUCCCAGAAAAGAGAUCCAGAACUUUAAGAGAAAGAAAACACUCUUUUAUUCUCCCAAUGAUCAAAACUGAACGUUUUAAACGCUCAUUUUUAAAUAGAUGCUUAUUUGACUAUUUUUAAUAAUUAGCUAUUUUAACUUUUUAAUCAAUAUAAAAUAAUUCUAUUGUAACUCUAUUUUUAAUCAUUGUAAUUGUAAUUUAACUCAAUUGGAAUUGUAAAGGCACACGUUUGUUGUGCCUCCUUCAUAUUUAAUAAAGACUUAAUAAUAAUAAUAAUAAUAAUUAUAAUAAUAAUAAUAAUAAUAAUACUAAAAGAUAAAAGUCAUAUCUUCAAGAUAAAAGUCUUAUCUAGAAGAUAAAAGUCAUAUCUUCAAGCCACCGUGUAAUGUUCUGUUUAUUAUAUAGUCCCAAGCAAAAAAAUGUGAAAUUUAAUUCACGAUCAAAAGCAACUUGGAAAAAGUCACGUGAUCGCGAUAUCUUCACUAGUGAAGAUAUGGAAAAUAUCUCACCGUGUAUUUUUCAGUAUCUCACUCUCAUAACCUACUCCCAGAAAAGAGAUCCAGAACUUUAAGAGAAAGAAAACACUCUUUUAUUCUCCCAAUGAUCAAAACUGAACGUUUUAAACGCUCAUUUUUAAAUAGAUGCUUAUUUGACUAUUUUUAAUAAUUAGCUAUUUUAACUUUUUAAUCAAUAUAAAAUAAUUCUAUUGUAACUCUAUUUUUAAUCAUUGUAAUUGUAAUUUAACUCAAUUGGAAUUGUAAAGGCACACGUUUGUUGUGCCUCCUUCAUAUUUAAUAAAGACUUAAUAAUAAUAAUAAUAAUAAUUAUAAUAAUAAUAAUAAUAAUAAUACUAAAAGAUAAAAGUCAUAUCUUCAAGAUAAAAGUCUUAUCUAGAAGAUAAAAGUCAUAUCUUCAAGCCACCGUGUAAUGUUCUGUUUAUUAUAUAGUCCCAAGCAAAAAAAUGUGAAAUUUAAUUCACGAUCAAAAGCAACUUGGAAAAAGUCACGUGAUCGCGAUAUCUUCACUAGUGAAGAUAUGGAAAAUAUCUCACCGUGUAUUUUUCAGUAUCUCACUCUCAUAACCUACUCCCAGAAAAGAGAUCCAGAACUUUAAGAGAAAGAAAACACUCUUUUAUUCUCCCAAUGAUCAAAACUGAACGUUUUAAACGCUCAUUUUUAAAUAGAUGCUUAUUUGACUAUUUUUAAUAAUUAGCUAUUUUAACUUUUUAAUCACUAUAAAAUAAUUAUAUUGUAACUCUAUUUUUAAUCAUUGUAAUUGUAAUUUAACUCAAUUGGAAUUGUAAAGGCACACGUUUGUUGUGCCUCCUUCAUAUUUAAUAAAUAAUAAUAAUAAUAAUAACUAUAUAAUAAAUACAGUUAUACAGUAUCAACACGCGAGGAAAUUUCGAGUUUUCCCAAUUUCCACGAGUAUUGAUAUAACUGUAUAUCAAUACGGAUUAAUGACAAUGUUUUAUAUUUUUUAUAAUAUAGCGCAAAGAAAUAUAAAGAAAGUCCUUAUUUUUCAUCUGACGUGCACAUUUUCUGGUACCUCUGAUACACGUGAUCGCCGAUCCUAAACGGCGAAAGAGAGGCAGCACCUCAUUCAUGCUAGAGUAGCACCAUAUUCUGACUUUCGUUUAAUCGCUAAUAAUUCAGCAAUGGAUGAUUUCAGCUUUUGACUAAAUCUUGUUCUCCGCAAGAAGAACAAAUCCAUCACCACAGCUAGAAAGAGCAUCUUAAAAUUGAUAAGGUUGCGAAAUGUUGUAAAACGAGGAAAUUAUAGCCUUACGAAAUUUGCAAAUUUAAUUUGUAUUAAUUUGUAUUACGCACGGGAAAAUGCACCACUUUCGGCCCAAAUGUGGUGCAUUUUCCCGCGCGUAAUACAAAUCAAUGACAAAAUUUGCAAAUUUCGCAGUGCUAUAUUUUCCGCAUUUUACACCAUUUCGCUGCGAUUUUACUAAUUUUAACAUGCUCUUUCUAGCUAGUGUGGUGAUGGAUUUUGUUCUUCUUGCCUAGAUCGAAAUUUAGUCUGCAGCUAGAAUCAUCCAUUUAAUUCUUAUACGCAGACUGUUGAUUCUUGUAUAUAAAUUUAUAUUAUUCCAGGGCCCACAUCAUUUUGAUCACAGACAAAGACUGGGAACCGUGCGUAUCAACCAAAUGCGAAAUGCCAAUGGAACAGGUAUAAAGACUAACUUCCUCUCUUAUUGUGCUACAGCCUGUUUAUGAAUGUAAAGUUGUGAAAUAUUGUGAUAGUGUUUCACCGAUAUUUUAUUAAAUGAUCAUUAUUACAUUGAUUGUUAUAGCGGAGUUGAUUCAAGUGGGGUCAUUCAUUUCCAUUAACAGCGCUGAAUCUAAAAUGAACUUAUAUGAAAGUCAAUUGAGUAAAUUAUGGAAAGGUAAGCCUUUGGAAAUCGAAACUCGGCUGUCAGUAUAGUGGUCUCAGAUUACUCACAUUUGCAGUCUUUUGGAGAACAUAGAAUGGAUAUUUAAUAUAUUUUACUUUUAUCUGAAGCACAAUAGAUAUUCCAGCUAUAGUCUAAAUUUUGAUCUAGGCAAGAAGAACAAAAUCCAUCAACACAGCUAGAAAGAGCAUGUUAAAAUUAGUAAAAUCGCAAAGUUUGGUUGCGUAAUGUUGUAAAAUGAGGAAAAUAUAGCCCUACGAAAUAUGCAAAUUUUGUAUUAAUUUGUAUAUAUUACGCACGGGAAAUGCACCACUUUCGUCCAAAUGUAAAUGUGGUGCAUCCCGCGCGUAAUACAAAAUUUGCAAAUUUUGCAGGGCUAUAUUUUCCGCAUUUUACAACAUUUCGCGGCCAAACUUUGCAAUUUUACUAAUUUUAACAUGCUCUUUCUAGCUGUGGUGAUGGAUUUUGUUCUUCUUGCCUAGAUCUAUAGGUGAAAUCAUCUAUUUGUACGCCAGCCCGCGCUUGACUGUCAUUUUAAAUUUUCUUGCAGAUGGUAAAGUACCAGUUGACGAAACAACGAAAGAAAGAAAAAUUUUAACAUACUCCAUACUACAAUUGGUUGUUAUUGCCGCUCUGGCGGUUUUUGGUCUUCUUUAUUCCAUCUUUCUCCUGUAUUUCAAUAUCAGUAAACGAAAUCACAAGUAAGUCGCACAUUCAUCAUCGUAACAAAGAUGUCUGUUUUACCUUCCAAAACAACGGAGGAUAUACUAGGGAGGGAAAGAGGGACCACUGUCACCUUAAUAUUUUCUUAAAGCCACUCAAGAUACUACCGGAUUAACUAAGUGUAACUAUAGGUGGCAGCCUAGACCAACAGCAACAGCAACAACAACAACAACAACAACAACAACAACAACAACAACAACAACAACAACAACAACAACAGCAACAACAAUAACAGCAACAACAGCAAGCAGUAAUAACAGCAACAACACCAACAACAACAACAACAACAACAACAAUUAACAACAACAAUUAACAACAACAACAACUGCAGCAACAACAACAACAGCAAUACCAACAACAACAGCAAUAUUUAGCCUGUUAAAUAUGAUAGUCAUUUGGCCUGUUAAAAUAUGUUGGUGUGAAUCCCUUGAUGUGUUGUACUUUUUUCUCUGCCAGAGUGGUUCGAAUGUCAUCUCCAAUGAUAAACAAUGUCGUUCUACUCGGUUGCUUCUUUUGUUAUGUUUUCGUUUUCUUGUUGGAAAUUGAUUCAAGAUUCGUUGAUGACCACGUCUUUGGAAUUUUAUGCAACGUAAGUCGUGAUAUUGCAUGGAUCAUUACGAAAUAAACUGCGACAGAGUCGGGGAUGUUUUUAUAUGGCAAACAGGCGAGCACACUUGCCAUUGAACGUCGAGAGUAAGACUUUUUUUUAGCAUUAACACCACCCACACCACUGCCGGAAUAUCAGAGAUCAGGAGAACCAGCGACACUAGGGAAAGGGGGGACAGGGACAGGCGCAAACCACGUCCCCAAAAUGUAAGAAAGCUUCCAUUUGAAUGAUAGCUGAAUAACUGUGUAACAUAGCUGCAAAUAUCAUGUUUCAACCUGAAAAAAAAUGUAGGCUAUAUAAAUUAAGGUAUAUGUUGCAUAAAAUUUGAGGUAAAAAAGCAUUAUAACCGAAUAAUUGAACAAUAGCAUCCACAUGCACCUCUGUGGUUUUAUGAUUUUGAUGCAUGAUAUCCCAACAUAUUGAAGAUUUUCAGAAAGUUAUUAUGCAAUGUGACGUGUUAAAUAUCUCAAGCUCGAAGCAAGGUAGGAGAGCUUGGCAAAAUAUUGUAUGUGGUUAUGUUGAAUUUUCUUUACACAAUGAAAUCAUAAAAAAAACGGUGUGAAAUUUUGUGGCAUAAACACUUUAAUACCUAGCUCGAACUGUGUAAUUUCCUGUGCAUAUUACUAUAUCUCAUUCUAACACUAGGUACGUCUGUAUGUGUUGGCGAUUGCAUUCUCCUUGGCGUUUGGCGCUUUGUUCAGCAAAACAUGGCGAGUACACAAGAUAUUUACUGCCCAACGUGCUAUAAAGAAAAAGGUAAGCCAAAUGACGUGACCACAUCUCUCACAAGAGAAAGUUCAGUUAACCAGAGGUCCAGAACGUAAAUGUACUUCGUUACUGUACUUGAGUAUUAUACUUAUAUUAUACUUGUAGUAUGCAUGUAAGUAAAAUUUUGCCAUAUAGUACUUUUUACUUGGAACGAAGUCAUUUUAUGAAGUAAGGUUUCAGUUCGAUAUUUUCAUAUUGUGGCGACGUAUUUCGUUACUUUCCAUUAAAUUAUACCCGACUUUAUCCUGAAAAUACAUUAAAAAUAUACAAAGAAAUCGUGAAGUUCGAAUGACCAUUGGUAUUUCGAGUCUCGACUUUGACGGUUAUAGUAUUUUCGGAGGCAAUUUACCCUGUUUAAACGGGUCUAGAUGCGGACAGAUCGGACUUAUGUGAUUAUUGAUCAUUGAAUGAUAGCUACAGACAUUUAUUUAGUAGUUUUACUUUUUAUAUAUACUUCUAUUUCAAGUAUUUUUAAAAAAUAAUUCUACUUUACUCAAGUCAUUUUAAAGUGAAUUACUUUUACUUCUACUAAAAUGCAAAAUCAAAAUAAUUUAGUCACACCACUGUCCAAUAUGUUCUUACCUUCUAAUACAACAUAGGAAAUAUAUGACAUGCAAUCUGGUUUUCAUGGAGAAUGAUAAGGGGUAAUAUGUCUUUUCACGUGAAGGCAUUUCACGUUUCAAAUGUAAAAAAUUAACUGUUUCACGAUUAGCUUAUAUUUUUGUUUUCGAAACUAAAUACACCACCAAAAGCUCAAAAUUCCAAGACGUUUGAAACCAACUGAUGUAUCUGGUAAAAAUGAAGAAACGCAUGCAGUAAAGUUGUUACACUCAGAGCAUUGCUCAUGUUCACGCUCGCACUUUUCACCAUUCGUACGCCAAGGCCAGUCAUGCUAGUAUAAAGAUAUGUGAUGGUCUGGAAACAAAACAGAAGUCAUUGUAUUAUGUUUUAGUCUGAGUUUAUGUUAAUUUGUGCACCGUCACGGUGAUUGAGCUCAUUGUGUUUUUGUAUAAUGAAGUAGUCGUCCAAUAGGGAUAGUUGAGAUGAAACGUUCAACCACGAUGAAUAAUAUUUAAUGAAGUUGAGACAAAGGAUUUGUUCACGGUGAGGUACAGUUCAACAUCAAACAAAGCUCUUCUAUUUUCUAGCUUUGAAGUUAACCGGGCUUCCAAUUGGCUUCCAGACCAUCAUUUCUUGACAGACUAUGCCCAGGUUUUGUUCUAUGGGCCUCAAAUAAAUUUUUAUCCUAAUUUAGUUGAUGAGAGAUUUCCAUCUAAUUUUAUUUGUCUUGGCCUUGGUUAUAAUCGACGUCACGUUCAUCACAGUCUGGGUUUAUUAUCAUCCACUGGAAAUGAAGGAGAUUAUUUUUGACGAAUUGGUAAGUUAAAGAAAGUUGAAAGAAUAAGUAAAAUGCCUAAAUAGUUUUCUGGGGGGGGGGGGGCAUUUCCCCCCAAAAUGGAAUAUGUAUAUCAUUAUUAAUAUUGAACUGGUAAGCGGUAAGGCAUAUAACCUUGAGUAUAAAAAUGGAUAAUUACUUGGAAGUGCAGUUGGUGAACCCAGACAUCAUUUCUAUCCCCUCACUUGAAAAUAGGUGAUGUCUGGAUUUGUGACUAUAGGAGGGGGGAAUUCCUCCCCAAAUAAAACCCCCCUGAAAUUUGGGGGAAGGGGAGCUUCCACCCAAGUCCCAAAACCUAAAAUACCCUUGCUUUGUGAAUAAGAUUUAAAUACGAAUUUUUAACCAACAGAGAGAAGAUUCCAGGGACCUGAUCACAAUUCCAGUGUUGAAAAUCUGUGAGUGCACUUACAGAACCAAACUGCUUGGUGUCCUCUAUGGAUACAAAGGAAUCCUGUUGCUCUUUGGGGUGUUCCUCGCGUGGGAGACACGAAAUGUGACCAUCCCUGCACUAAAUGACUCCAAAUACAUCGGAAUGUCAGUCUACAAUGUCGUUAUAUUGUCAGCCAUUGGUGCAACAGUGUCGAUGGUUUUGAAAACGACAGUAUAUUAUGAGUUACUUCACGUAAUGGUGUCUGCUAUCGUGGUACUUUCUACCACUGUUACGCUGACCAUGGUGUUUGCACCAAAGGUAUAUCCCGUUUACAGUGCAAUACGUUUUUACUUCCGGUUUAGUCUAGAUUUUUUGUUUCAGGGUGUUUUCACGUCCGGACUAGAACGUCACAAAUUUAUGCUUGGUUUGAAAAAAAAUCUGAGAGUAUGCACCACAAAACUAUUCUAUUUUGUUCCCCAUAUAUUCUUCAAUAUUUGCAGCUGAAUUUUGUUUUGAUUUUAGUUAUAUUUCCGGACUUCCUGAGGGUCUAAAUAUUUAGAUUUGGGGGACAUUAAAUAUUUCCCUCGAACUUCGGCGAAUUGUUGCAUCCAUUCGGCAAAAAUUGAGCUGUUUGGAUGUGAAUUAUUGAAUUGAAUUAUCUGAAUUAAAACCAAAUGUGAAUUUAAAUAUAAACCUAAAUACUUCAAAAAGUCAGAUUAACAGAUAUCUUGAAAAUGUGCUCUAUCGAGUCGUACGUAGCGGGUAAUUUAAAAAUUCAAAACAGCCUGUAUAAAUGCAGACGAGUUGGUUUUUGACAACAGUUAUGACUGGAAACAGUUGUGGGUGGUUAGGAUCAGUUUGAAUCGUUAAGAUACUCAUUUGAAAUCUUCCCCAGAACGGAGGAAAUGUCAUUCAGAUCUAGAGUCUCUAGAUUUCAAAUUUUUCCCCCAGACCCCCUCGAAUUCUGUGUAAUUAAAAAAAGUCAAGUAUUGUUGACAGAUCUGUUUUUACUAUGAAAGUGGAGACUUAUGGUAAUCCGCGUAUAUGCAAUGUUUGGGAGGGUCUGAAAUAGGCAGGGUCUGAAAUUUACAUUUUUUCUCAGUAUCCAACUGGGAUACCCAGUAUCCAACUGGGAUACCAGGAUUCAAAGUUUAGUAUCCCCCUGGGAAUCCAGUAUCCCACUUUUGGAUACUGCAUGGUUACCGGUACCAUAACUAAUAUACCCCGUCCCAUCCAAAUAAGUUUCCAGAACUCUCAGUUAAAAUUACAAUAACAACAGGAGACUCGACAGUCAACAGCUAAAAAAAUCAUUAAUACACUAAAAUGUACAUAAUCUUUCACCAAACUUCCAUUAGUCCUCAAUUGGGAAAGACUGGUGCCAAACUGAUAGUAUUCAAAAGCUAUGGAAGCUAUAUUAAGGUGUUUAAAUUAAAAUUUUCUUAGUAUUUGAAAUUUUCUUAGUAUCCAGUCGGAAUACAAGUCAUUCACAGUUUG